UAUUUACCUAAUAUAGAAAUUUAUUUUGAAGAAGCACUAAAAAUAUUUUUAAUCUAGACUGGUUAGAGCAAGGCACGAGACAAGAUCAUGAAGCUUUAUUUCAUUUUCGUUUUAUUAUUAAACUGUGAUAGCCUUCUUUCUAAUGGCCAAAGCAAUGAAUUGGAAAUUGUCUACAACCAAGCUGAAAGAAUGAUUUCCAAUUUAAAAACGCAGCUGGAAGAGUUAAAACAAAGCUACAUUAAGUUGACACCACAGAAAAAACUUCAUGAGGUAGUGGUUAAUCCCUCCUCUUGUCUAGCUGCUGGAAUAAACACAAACGGCAUACAUGUUAUUGAAGUCCCUGGAUUGGAGCCCUUCCCGGUUUUUUGUGACAAUCGACUCGCGGGAUCUGGAUGGACUGUUAUCCAGCGUCGUCAAGAUGGAAGUGAAAACUUCUAUCGCAGUUGGAAAGAGUAUAGCGAAGGGUUUGGGGACCUUAACGAGGAAUUUUUCCUAGGCUUGGAGAAACUACACUUCCUUACUACUGCGGAGCCCUACGAGCUGUAUGUUUAUAUGAAAGAUUUUGAUGGGGAAUCUCACGACGCCCGAUACGAUGAUUUUGUCAUUGGCAAUGCUUCCGAGUUCUAUUCGCUUUCAGUUUUGGGUAAAUACUCAGGAGAUGCUGGCGAUUCCUUGAAAUACCACAAGGGAAUGCCCUUCUCGACGUUUGAUCACGAUGUCUUGGGUCAUGGAUGUGCCAGGAUGUACGUGGGGGCCUGGUGGUACGAUCAGUGUCAGAGGAGUAACCUAAAUGGUCAAUACUUGGAGGGUGGCCGAUUUGAGCCCAAGCUCUCGGGACGCGGGAUCACAUGGAUGAGCUGGCGUGGCUACGAUUACGGAUAUAAAUUCACACAAAUGAUGAUCAGACCCAAGUGUUCCAACAACCUACAAAGGCAGGGCAUGCGAAAUGCCUUCAACGCCCAUUGAAUUCCACAAGAAAACCGAAGGGAAAUCGUUUUAUUUCUUGAUAAACACUAUCAACAUUUUGGGGUUUUAUUUACAUUUUGAUAAUAACCGUUUGCCGCUGAUUUAUUUGUUGUAUUAUUAGUCGAAUAUAUUCAGCGCUGCUUUUUCACACACGCACGUAAACAAAAGAGGUUUUGCGUAGUAUAUA